AUGUCUUUAUUUGUUCAAGAUGAAUCUGAUGAAGAACUACAAAUUGCAUUAUCCAACUUAGAAGAGCAACAAGGGCUUGCCGUAGAGCAGGCGUCGGAUAUUGGUCAUGAAGCUGAAUAUGAUAUUGAAGAAGGCUCACAAGCUGAGUUAUACCCUUUAAUACCUUUGAAAACAGAUGCAGAGAGUUUAGCACCUGAUAUAAAGGAUAUUAGGCCAGUAGACGUUGAAUUGUCUGUUACAUUGCCAUUUCAGCAAAUAAUACUGGAAAAUAUGCUGGUUUCGGAGAACUGCUUAUUGGUUAUGGCUAAUGGAUUGGGUGUUAUUCCGGUUGUUUCUAAUCUAUUGCAUAUACUUGCAACACCUACUAAAAUAAAGCAAGUCGAUAAGCGGUCACUUGUGCUUCUAUUAAAUGCUUCGGAUAAAGACAUUGCAAAGAUCCAAGAUGAGCUGAUGGAGUUAUCAUGGAUGGCCAAGGACCCCGAAGGAAGGCAGUUCACGGUUAUAAACAGUGAUUCUCACACUGUUGAUCAGAGGGCGAAGGCCUACAGCCAGGGUAGUAUCAUUGCUGUAACGUCCCGGAUUCUGAUAGUGGAUUUGCUCUCUGGAAUAGUUCAUCCAAGUAUGAUAACCGGUUUAUUUAUUAUGAAUGCUGAACAGGUGAAUAAUUACUCUACUGAAUCUUUUAUUGCCGACAUAUAUAGUGAUAUGAAUGGAUGGGGUUUUAUUAAGGCAGUUACGGAGAGCGCCGAGUCUCUUGUUUAUGAAUUCUCUCCAUUGCUAAGAAAAAUGAAAGAUUUAAAACUGAAGCGGAUUUUAUUAUGGCCAAGAUUCCAUGCAGACGUUUUGUCUUCAUUGAACUUUAAAAAGAGUAAUACUGUUGUUGAAGUCAAAGUUUCCCAGACAGACUCUAUGUCUAAGAUCCACUUCGGGCUGCUGGAAUGUCUCAAGAAAUGUAUCGAUGAGCUGGUGAGGAAGAUUCCAGAUAUAGCGAAAGAAACCUGGAAGGCGGAGAAUGCAAUGGACUCCAACUUUAUGAACUCUAUAUACGCAGAGAUGCAACCCAAAUGGCAUAGGAUCUCGUACGAGUCGAAGCAGCUGGUGAAAGACAUUUCGACACUGAGAAAGCUAUUAUAUGCAUUGCUCAGCUACGAUGCAGUGGAUUUCUAUGAGCUAAUACGGAUAAUAUUGGAUGCUAAUAAACCAUCUGUGUCCAGGAAAUACUCAGAGUCACCAUGGUUAAUGGUUGCUGAAUCGCAGCUAGUGAUUUCUUACUCGAAGAAGAGAGUAUACUACAACGACGAGUAUUUACUCGAGGAACUUCCAAAGUGGGAGCAAUUGUUGGCAUUGCUAGAUGACAUUCAUUAUGAACGUGCAUCGAAGCCUUCACAGUACAUGGGUGGUACUCUAAUCAUGUGUUCUGAUGAGCGUACAAGAGCUCAGCUCAGACGAGUUCUCUCGUACGCGAAUUCAAAAGAGGGUGCUAGGAAACUUAUGAUAAGAAAGUUGCAGAGCUAUAUUGAUAGAAGGGAAUCCACUAAGUCUAUUUCCAAUGAGAUUCAAGAGCAGCAACAGGAUGGUGCGCUUAAAGUUUCUAGAGCUUUUGCAAAAGAAGAAGUAACUUCUAAACGGCGGAGAACUAGAGGAGCGGCUGUGGUUGCCGCUGUUUCGAGACUGCACAAUGCAACGGGAACUGGUGAAGACAUAGAAAGCAAACUGUCAUAUGCCGAUUUGGAGCAAGAGAAUGAAAAACUUGGCUUAGUACUAGAAGAUGACCUGGAGAAAAUUGACACUUUAGUUGAACCAGCAGAUUCAGACCGUGAUAUUACCCCUAUGUUUGAUAACGAUUAUGAUGACAGUUUGGAAUUUACACUUCCUCAGACAUCUGAAGAAUUUUGGGAGUCUAAGGCUAAUGAUUUUUCGUACAUUGAUGCUUUUGAUAACAUAAUGUUGCAUUACUAUAAUUCAGGUACGGAUGAUACUCUUCUGACCGAACUAAUGCCCUCGUUUAUCAUUAUGUAUGAGCCCAGUCUUUCAUUUAUUAGAAGAAUUGAGGUUUUCAAAGCCAUGCAUAGGAACACAAUUUCCAAAAUAUAUUUCAUGUAUUAUGGUGACAGCAUUGAAGAGCAAGUUCACUUGUCUUCUAUUAAAAAAGAGAAAGAUGCUUUUACUAAAAUAAUAAGAGAAAAUGCUGCUUUAGCACAUCAUUUUGAGGCCCCAGAAGAUCUUUCCAGGUAUAGGAAUCUUGCUCGUAGGAACAUGCAGUUAAAGAGAAAGAAGAAUACUAGGAUUGCUGGAGGUCAAGCGUCUUUGGAACCAAUGACAGAGGAUAUAGUAGUUGUAGACGUCCGUGAAUUUCGAGCACCACUACCCGGCUUGUUAUACAGAUAUGGUGUUAGAGUAGUCCCAUGUAUGCUUACAAUCGGUGAUUACAUUAUUUCCCCACGGAUCUGUAUUGAGAGGAAAUCUAUUGCUGAUUUAAUUGGCAGUUUUAAAAACGGCAGGCUUGUUAAGCAAUGCAGUAUGAUGAGUAAAUAUUACGAAAUUCCUACCCUACUACUUGAAUUUGACGAUCAUGAAUCAUUCUCUCUGGAACCUUUUGGCGAAAGAGGAUACCAAAGCACAACAUCAUCUACUGUUCAUCCCAUUAGUAGCAAGUUGAUGCAAGAAGAGGUACAAAUGGAAUUAGCUUCCUUAGUUAUGCGAUUUCCCAACCUCAAGAUCAUCUGGUCAUCAUCACCUCUACAAACAGUCAACAUAAUUCUAGACUUAAAGUUGGGGAGAGAACAACCUGAUCCUGUAAAGUGUGCUGAAAUUGGAAAAUCAUCUAAUAGAUCCAAAAAGGCAGCUGAAGAUGAUUCUGCCCAGCAAUUGAAGGAUUUACUGACCGUACCAGGGUUGUCAAGCAUAGAUUAUUUUAAUCUCAAGAAAAGAUGCAAAACCAUCAAGGCACUAAAAUCAAUGAGUAUUGAGUCUCUGGCAGGUAUCGUUGCAGAUAGAUCUCUGGCAGAAAGGAUAUUUUUACAUAUACAGAAAGAAAGCGAGCAAAUAGAUCUUGAUGUUGAGGAUGAUGAAUAG